CGGGCUGGGCCCGAGAUGGAUGGAAUUUAUUUCGCCCGGAGGCACGAAGCCUAAAGGGCCUGGCCCGAGAUGGGCCUCGAUGACCCUCUGCCAGCUCUCGUAUAAGCACGGUCCACCAAACCCCCUGGAUGAAGCUAUUCCCACUCGACCCACAGUGUCGAACCUUCUAGCAGCGCACACCUGUGAGGAUAUAUUGGCUCUCGAGCUACCGGAGUCUCACAUCUCUUCUUUCCUUCUUCAAGUUCAGUGUACUGGUAGAGUCGUCAUCAGCUAGUUGCAAUAUACUACCUGAGACCGUUACAUUGGAAGUAACCCGUUGUCAUGGUGCCGGAACUGUCCGUGUCGCCUAGCUUCCACGCAUACGCCAAUGCUUUUCACCCUGCCGCCGACGCUUUCACGCUGUUCCAGCGUUCCGAUACUGUCUGUGGUCAUGACUUCGCACGAAGCCACCAAGGCUUCUGUCUCGCCAGAGGACACAUAAUAGCCGAUUUGUUCAUUUCCAUGCACCGAAACUAGCGAGUUAAGCGGCAAGAAGCCACAGCAGCAAUGCAACGAAAGGCGGGGGCCGCGGUCUCCAGUUCAUGAGAGUC